CUCCUGUGAGUUGACUUUGGGGGUCUCUGGGGCCAGUUUGUUCCCUCAGUCCUACUGGCUGGUUUGGGGCCGACUAAGCAAGAAGGGGCGGCGCGAGGAGGCCGAGGGUCGGCCACGCCGCCCGGGCAACCCCGAUUCUGGGUCAGGGGACGGAUGCCCGAGGCCCGAUCUGGUCCUCCACUCUCCGCCCCGCUCCGCCCACGGAAUCGGAUGGCCGCUGCCAAGCUGAGGCUCCCGGCUCAGGGCCAUGUGACCUUUGAAGAUGUGGCUGUCUACUUCUCCUGGGAGGAGUGGGAGCUUCUUGAUGAAGCUCAGAGACAUCUAUACCGCAGUGUGAUGCUGGAGAACUUCUCACUGAUGGCCUCUCUGGGACUUGCAUCUUCCAGGACUCAUGAAAUUACCCAGCUGGAGCAGUGGGGAGAGCCCUUUUUACCUGCCCAUGGAGUCAUUACUGCAGCCAUGCCAGGAGUUUUUCUGAUUCUGAACACACCCUUCUGCACUGUGUUCCUGUGUAACUAGCACAAAGGCCCUGCCGAAAACGUUGCAUAGGAGUGUGUUGAAGCUGCACCAUUCAUGUGUCCUUUUUGCUUAAAAGGCCCGCCCCACAGAUCUGCGAGCUUGCCAGGUCCAGCACUGCACAGCAAACCCUUCUUCAUUUGAUCUCUGGCCCUUCAUUUUACACCAGUCCUAGGAAUGCAUGGCUAGAUGUGUCAGAUGCAUAUUUGUGAGGUGCUGCCUGGUCUCACUGAAGUCUACAUCCACUUAUCAGCCUUUCUCUGCUUUCAGGUCAUUGGCAUGGAACAGAGGUUGAGCAGAAUGUUAACAUAGGAGGAGGGUGCUCAGCAUAGACCUUCACCAACACCAGAAGCUUGCACUGUGUAGAGCACUCCUA